CUCUCAUCUGCACCGCUGUUCUGCUGCUGCUGCUUCGUUGGAUCGGAGGAUUCAAACUUCCGGCACUGUCAUGGCGGCAUGCUGCUGUUUCUGACACCGAGCAGAGCGAACACAAAGCCGCCCCUCGAUCGGCCCUCAGCGCGGCACAGAUCAGGGACCGCAGGGGUCGCAGACGGCGGGAAAGGCGUCCUCCUCUCCUCCUCUUCCUCACUAUCAUCAUCAUCCGCGGCGGAGGUGCAGGCGUGAGCGGCCAUGGCGGCGCAGAAGCCCGUGGAGUGGGUCCAGGCCGUCAUCACCCGUUUCGACGAACAGCUUCCUGUUAAAGUUGUAGUUCAGAACACUCACACGAAAAUCAGCACGGAGCACAAUAAGGAAUGUCUCAUCAACAUCUCCAGAUACAAAUUCUCACUGGUCAUCAGUGGACUUACCAACAUACUGAAAAACGUCAAUAACAUGAGAAUAUUUGGCGAGACUGCGGAGAAGAAUCUCUACCUGUCCCAGUUAAUCAUCAUGGACACACUGGAGAAGUGUCUGGCAGGGCAACCAAAAGACAGCAUGCGUCUAGAUGAGACGAUGCUUGUGAAGCAGCUGCUGCCUGAGAUCUGUCAUUUCAUCCACACGUACCGCGAGGGAAACCAGCACGCGGCCGAGCUGCGACACUCGGCCUGUGGGGUUCUGUUCUCUCUGAGCUGCAGUAACUACAACGCCGUCUUCAGCCGCAUCUCCACCAGGUUACAGGAAUUGACCGUCUGCCCUGAAGAUAAUGUAGACGUGCAUGACAUCGAGCUCGUUCAGUACAUAAACGUGGACUGUUGUAAACUUAAACGUCUCCUGCAAGAAACUGUGUUUAAAUUUAAAGCCUUGAAGAAGCUGGCGCAGCUGAGCAUCAUCUAUAAUCUAGAGAAGGCGUUUUGGAACUGGGUAGAGAAUUAUCCUGAUGAAUUCACCAUGUUAUACCAGAGGCCACAGCAGGACAUGGCCGAGUGUGCAGAGAAGCUGUUUGAUCUGGUUGAUAGUUUUGCUGAGAGUCCAAAGAGGAAGGCGGCUGUGUGGCCUCUGCAGAUCAUCCUCCUCAUCCUCUGUCCUGACAUCACGCAAGACAUUUCUAGAGAAACUUCAGAUGACUCCAAAGACAACAAGAAGCUCUUCCUGGAGAAUCUACGGAAAGCUUUGACUGGUCACAGUGGGAGCAAACAGCUUACAGAGAGCGCAGCCAUCGCCUGUGUCAAACUGUGUAAAGCAUCCACAUACAUCAGCUGGGAAGAUCAUUCUGUCAUAUUCGUGCUGGUGCAGUCCAUCGUGGUGGAGCUGAAGGGAUUGCUGUUUAAUCCGACAAAGCCGUUUUCCAGAGGCGCCGGGAGCCAGAGCGCAGACGUGGAUUUGAUGAUCGACUGUUUCGUGUCUUGUUUCAGAAUCAACCCGCACAACAAUCAGCAAUUUAAGGUGUGUUUGGCUCCGUCCUCGCCUCCCACUUUCCAUUUGGUGCUGGUGAAUUCACUGCACAGAAUCAUCACCAAUUCCCCUCUGGACUGGUGGCCGAAGAUCGAUACGGUGUACUGUUACUCGGGUGAGCUGCGUCUCAUGUUUGCAGAGACUCUGGGGCGAGUCGUCCAGGGAUGCAGCAGUCACGCCCCUCUCCGCUUGACACCGAGUUUGACGUUUAAGGAGAAAAUGAGCAGUUUGAAGUUUAAAGAGAAAGCCACCGAUCUGGACAUCAGGAGUCACAAGUAUCUCCUGCUGGCUUUAGUGAAGCUCAUUCACGCAGAUCCCAAACUGAUGUUAUAUAAUUCAGGUAAAACAAGUCUGGAGGUCCACAGCAGUACGGCGGAGCUCAUCACAGGCCUGAUGCAGCUUGUGCCUCUCUCUAACAUGGGAGAAAUUUCCCAGGAGGCCAUGGAGGCUCUCUUGGUCCUUCAUCAGCCUGACAGCAUUGAGCUGUGGAACCCAGAUGCUCCCAUGGAAACAUUUUGGGACAUCAGUUCUCAGGUCCUGUUCUUCAUCUGCAAGAAGCUGUAUGGCCAUCAGUUGAUCAACAGCACAGAGAUUCUCAAGUGGCUGCGAGAGAUUCUCAUCUGCAGGAACAAAUUUCUCCUUAGGAACAAGGAACGUGCCACAGCGGGCAGCAACAUCGCUAUCUGCAGGCAGGCACAGACCAAGCUGGAGGUUUGUCUCUACAUGUUCCUGUGGAGUCCAGACAUGGAGGCGGUUUUGGUGGCCAUGUCUUGUUUCCGUUACCUGUGUGAGGAGGCGGAGAUCCGCUGUAGUGCAGAAGACAUCCCUGUUCAAUCACUCCUGGCCAAUUACAACACCUUCAUGGAGUUUGCGUCUAUCAGUAACAUGAUGAUUACAGGCCGUUCGGCUCUGCAAAAAAGAGUGAUGGCUUUGCUUCGGAGAAUUGAACUGCCCACCCCGGGAAACACAGAGGCAUGGGAGGACACACAUGCUAAGUGGGAGCAUGCAACCAAAUUAAUUUUAAGCCACCCGAAAACCAAACUGGAAGACAGUCAGGAAUGGGUCAACAUGACGGGCUUCUUGUGUGCGCUGGGCGGUGUGUGCUUGCAGAGGAACAUGUCCGUUCUCUCCACUUACAGUCCUCCUAUGGGCACCUUGAACGAUCGCAAGGGCUCCAUGGUGUCCAUGGCCUCGUGCGAAGGGAACCCGGAGACGCCCCUGAGCAGGUUUCUGGACCGCCUGCUGUCGCUGAUGGUGUGCAGUCACGAGAAGGGCCAUCAGAUCCGCACUAACAUUAAAGACCUGGUGGGGCUGGAGCUCAGUCCGGCUUUGUACCCGAUGCUCUUCAACAAACUCAAAAACAGCAUCGGCAGAUUCUUCGAUGCACAGGGGCCGGUGCCAAUUAAUGAUACCAACACACAGUUCGUAGAGCAGACCAUCACAAUCAUGAAGAACCUUCUAGAUAACCACACAGAAGGCAGUGCUGAGCAUCUGGGUCAAGUCAGCAUCGAGACCAUGAUGCUCAACCUGGUCAGGUAUGUGCGGAUCUUGGGCAACAUGGUCCUCGCCAUUCAGAUUAAAACCAAACUGUGCCAGCUGGUGGAAGUCAUGAUGAAACGUAGAGAUGACCUGUCUUUCUGCCAGGAGAUGAAGUUCAGGAACAAGAUGGUGGAGUAUUUGACAGACUGGGUGAUGGGAACGUCUAACCAAGCGGCUGAUGAUGACGUCAAGUGUCUCACCAGGGAUCUGGACCAGGCCAGCAUGGAGGCGGUGGUGUCUCUGUUGGCCGGACUUCCCCUGCAACCAGAGGAGGGUGAUGGUGUGGAGCUGAUGGAGGCCAAAUCUCAGCUGUUUCUCAAGUACUUCACUCUCUUCAUGAACCUGCUAAACGACUGCAGUGAAGUGGAGGACGAGGGUCAGCAGGUGACCGGGCGAAAGCGAGGGAUGUCUAGACGUCUGGCAUCAUUACGGCACUGUACCGUUCUGGCCAUGUCCAACCUUCUCAAUGCCAACGUGGACAGCGGCCUAAUGCAUUCCAUCGGGCUGGGGUAUCAUAAGGACCUGCAGACCCGAGCCACUUUUAUGGAGGUCCUCACCAAGAUCUUACAGCAGGGGACUGAGUUUGACACGCUGGCUGAAACCGCAUUGGCCGAUCGUUUUGAGAGGCUUGUCGAACUCGUCACAAUGAUGGGGGAUCAGGGCGAGUUACCCAUCGCCAUGGCACUGGCCAAUGUGGUGCCCUGUUCCCAGUGGGAUGAGCUGGCUCGUGUCCUGGUGAGUCUCUUUGAUUCGAGACAUCUGUUAUAUCAGCUCCUGUGGAACAUGUUCUCCAAAGAGGUGGAGUUGGCGGAUUCCAUGCAGACUUUAUUCCGGGGAAACAGCCUGGCCAGUAAAAUCAUGACUUUCUGUUUCAAGGUGUAUGGUGCUACGUAUCUCCAGAAGUUAUUGGAGCCUUUGCUCAGGGGCGUCAUCACGGGAUCCGAAUGGCAGAUGAUAAGCUUUGAGGUGGAUCCUACGAGGCUGGAAACCGGUGAGAACCUGGAGGAGAACCAGCGCAAUCUGCUACGGAUGGCAGAUCGCUUCUUUCAAGCCAUAAUCGGUUCGUCCGGCGAGUUUCCUCCUCAGCUUCGUAGCGUCUGCCAUUGCCUCUUUCAGGCCACUUGUCAUUCUCUCCUGUCUAAAGCGUCUGUCAAAGACAGAAAGGAAGUGAGAAAAGCAGUGGUGAGUCAACGUUUUCCUCAAAACAGUAUUGGAGCUGUAGGUAGCGCCAUGUUUUUGCGGUUCGUCAACCCAGCGAUAGUCUCUCCGUACGAAGCCGGGAUUCUCGACAAGAAGCCUUCACCCAGGAUAGAGAGAGGUCUUAAACUUGUGUCAAAGAUUCUGCAAAGUAUCGCCAACCAUGUCUUGUUCACGAAAGAGGAGCACAUGAGGCCUUUUAAUGACUUUGUGAAGAGUAAUUCUGAUGCGGCUCGGAGGUUUUUCUUGGACAUUGCUUCUGACUGCCCAGCGAGUGACUCUCUCAACCACAGUCUGUCCUUUAUUAGUGAUGGCAAUGUGUUGGCCCUACACAGGCUACUGUGGAUCAACCAAGAGAAAAUCGGACAGUAUUUGUCCAGUAACAGGGAUCAUAAAGCUGUUGGGCGAAGGCCUUUUGAUAAGAUGGCCACCCUGCUGGCUUAUCUGGGUCCUCCUGAACACAAACCUGUGGCAGACACUCACUGGUCCAGCCUAAAUCUCACAAGCUCCAAAUUCGAGGAGUUUAUGACCAGACACCAGGUGCACGAGAAAGACGAGUUUAAAGCACUGAAGACUCUCAAUAUCUUUUAUCAGGCAGGAACAUCAAAGAAUGGAAACCCAGUGUUUUAUUAUGUCACACGCAGGUUCAAGACAGGCCAGAUAAAUGGAGAUUUACUCAUAUACCACGUCCUUCUCACUCUCAAACCGUACUACGCCAAACCGUACGAGCUGGUGGUGGACUUGACGCAUGCCGGCCCCAGCAACCGCUUCAAGACGGACUUCCUCUCCAAAUGGUUUGUCGUCUUCCCAGGAUUCGCUUACGAGAAUGUGGCCGCCAUCUAUAUCUAUAACUGUAACACCUGGGUACGGGAAUACACCAAAUACCACGAGAGACUGCUGACAGGGCUCAAAGGCAGUAAAAAGUUACUGUUCAUUGACUCGCCUGCAAGGUUGGCCGAGUUUGUGGAACCAGAGCAACAGAAGCUUCCGGCUACCACUCUUGCGUUGGAGGAAGACCUGAAGGUUUUUCACAAUGCCCUGAAACUCGCUCAUAAAGACACUAAAGUGUCCAUAAAGGUGGGUAGUAGUGCAGUGCAGGUGACAUCAGCCGAGCGUACGCGAGUCUUGGGUCAAUCAGUUUUCCUCAACGACAUCUAUUACGCCUCUGAGAUUGAAGAGAUCUGUCUGGUAGAUGAAAGCCAGUUCACGCUGACCAUCGCCAACCAGGGCCCGCCGUUGCCCUUCAUACACCAGGAGUGCGAAAGCAUCGUUCAUUCAAUCAUUCACAUCCGCACACGUUGGGAGCUCUCGCAACCCGACUCCAUCCCACAGCAUACCAAGAUCAGGCCUAAAGAUGUUCCCGGCACCCUCCUCAACAUCGCUCUGCUCAACUUGGGCAGCUCUGACCCCAGUUUAAGGUCUGCUGCGUACAACCUCCUGUGUGCCUUAACUUGCACCUUUAACUUGAAGAUCGAAGGCCAACUUCUGGAGACCUCCGGACUUUGCAUCCCUGCCAAUAACACUCUCUUCAUCGUGUCUAUCAGCAAGACUCUCGCAGCCAAUGAGCCUCACCUGACCCUGGAGUUCUUGGAGGAAUGUAUCUCUGGCUUCAGCAAAUCCAGUAUUGAACUGAAACAUCUGUGUUUGGAGUAUAUGACUCCCUGGCUGUUAAACUUGGUGCGCUUCUGCAAGCACAGCGAUGAUGCCAAACGCCAACGGGUCACUGCCAUUCUGGACAAACUCAUUACCAUGACGAUAAACGAAAAGCAGAUGUAUCCAUCAAUCCAAGCCAAGAUCUGGGGCAGCUUGGGACAGAUAACAGAUCUACUUGAUGUCGUUCUGGACAGUUUUAUAAAAACCAGCGCGACCGGAGGUCUCGGAUCCAUUAAAGCUGAAGUGAUGGCGGACACUGCGGUGGCUUUGGCCUCUGGCAAUGUCAAGCUGGUGUCUAGCAAGGUGAUCAUUCGUAUGUGUAAAAUCAUAGAUAAGACCUGUCUGUCUCCAACACCCACGCUUGAACAGCACUUGAUGUGGGACGAUAUCGCCAUCUUAGCCAGGUACAUGCUCAUGUUAUCCUUCAACAACUCUCUGGACGUGGCCGCCCAUCUGCCCUACCUCUUCCACGUCGUGACCCUACUGGUUGCCACGGGGCCUUUGUCGCUUCGGGCGUCUACGCACGGCCUGGUCAUCAACAUCAUCCACUCGCUCUGCACUUGUUCUCAGUUGUGUUUCAGUGAGGAGACCAAGGAAGUUCUGCGUUUAAGCCUGACGGAGUUCUCCCUGCCAAAGUUUUACCUGCUGUUCGGCAUCAGCAAGGUCAAAUCGGCCGCAGUCAUCGCCUUUCGUUCCAGCUACAGAGAUCGCUCCUUCUCUCCGGGCUCAUACGAGAGAGAGACUUUUGCUUUGUCAUCCCUGGAGACGGUGACUGAAGCGCUGCUAGAGAUCAUGGAGGCAUGUAUGAGGGACAUCCCCGGGUGUAAAUGGCUGGACCAGUGGACCGAUCUGGCACAAAAGUUUGCAUUUCAAUACAAUCCGUCCCUGCAGCCGCGGGCUCUUGUGGUGUUCGGCUGCAUCAGUAAACGGGUGACGCACGCCCAGAUCAAACAAAUCAUACGGAUUCUGAGCAAGGCCAGCCCUCUCCUCAGCAUCGAUCGGGGUUUAGAGAGCUGUCUGAAGGGUUCUGAUAACUGUAACAGUCAGGUGCUGAUCGAAGCCACAGUCAUAGCUCUCACAAAACUACAGCCUUUGCUCAACAAGGACUCGCCGAUGCACAAAGCUCUGUUCUGGGUCGCUGUGGCCGUGCUGCAGUUGGAUGAGGUGAAUCUGUACUCGGCCGGGACCGCUCUACUGGAACAGAACCUGCACACGCUUGACAGUCUGCGAGUGUUUAAUGACAAGAGUCCUGAGGAGGUGUUUAUGGAAAUCCGACAGCCUUUGGAAUGGCAUUGUAAACAGAUGGACCAUUUUGUGGGUCUGAACUUUACCUCGAACUUUAAUUUUGCUCUGGUCGGACACCUACUGAAAGGCUUCAGACACCCUUCUCCAACCACAGUAGCACGCACGAUUCGUAUCCUGCACAUGCUGUUGGCCUUGGUAGGAAAACACCUGAACUGUGAUAAGUUCGAAGUGAACACGCAGAGCGUAGCGUAUCUGGCUGCUCUCCUGCCUGUGUCAGAAGAAGUACGCAGUCGUUGCAGCCUGAAACACAGGAAGUUGUUGCUCUCUGAUGUUACCAUGGAAAAUGUUCCUAUGGAAACAUGCUCUGCGCAUCACGAGGACCCCAGCUACAGGACGCUGCGGGAAAGCCAGCAGUGGACAUCCCCAAAAGUCUCAGAACGUUACCUGGUGGCGCAGUACCCUAUAGCGGGCCAGAUCAGUCCACGUACACGCAAAUCAAUGAGUCUCGACAUGGGACAGCCCUCCCAGGUCAACACCAAGAAGUUACUGGGCACCAGAAAAAGCUUUGACCAUUUGAUGUCAGACAGCAAAGCACCGAAGAGGCCUGAGAUGGAAUCGGGUAUCACAACACCACCCAAGAUGAGGAGAGUGGCUGAAAACGAAUAUGAAAUUGAAACUCAAAGAAUCUCCCAACAUCACCAUCUGCGUAGAGUCUCUGUGUCUGAGUCUAACGUUCUUCUUAAUGAAGAGGUUCUCACGGAUCCCAAAAUCCAGGCACUCCUACUGACCGUACUGGCAACUCAGGUGAAAAAUACAUCUGAUGAAUUUGAGCAGAGGAUCCUGUACGAGUUUCUAGCUGAAGCCACUGUUGUAUUUCCGAAGGUCUUUCCUGUUGUUCACAACCUCCUGGAUUCAAAGAUUAACACUUUGCUGUCACUGUGCCAAGACCCAAAUCUUCUAGACCCAGUCCAUGGAAUUGUGCAGAGUGUAGUUUAUCAUGAAGAGUCUCCACCUCAAUACCAAGCGUCCUACUUGCAAACUUUUGGGUUUAAUGGACUUUGGAGAUUUGCCGGUCCUUUCUCUAAGCAGACUCAGUUCCCAGACUACGCAGAGUUAAUUGUAAAGUUUCUAGAUGCGCUGAUCGACACCUAUCUUCCUGGCAUCGAUGAAGAAACGAGUGAGGAGGGUCUCAGGACACCCACCUCUCCGUACCCUCCACCCGCCCAGAGCCAACUCAGCAUCACUGCCAACCUCAACCUUUCCAAUUCAAUGACCUCACUGGCCACAUCUCAGCAUGGCCCAGGAAUCAACAAAGAGAAGGUGGACCUGUCGCCGACCACGGGUCUGUCUGCAAGCGGGCGAACGCGUCACGGCUCAGCCAGCCAGGUCCAGAAACAACGCAGCACAGGCAGCUUUAAAAGACCCAGCAUUAAAAAGAUCGUAUGAGAAAGCAGCUCGGCAGGGUUUAGCCCCCUGCUGGACAACUAAGAGACAUUUUAAUGCUGUUUUUCUUCACUACAUAUAACACAGCGUUUAAGGCCAUCUUUAGGUUCUCCUUAAAUGAUUCAGCGUGUUUUCCAGGUUAAAAUAAAUUGAAGGUUUUUAAACCAGUGACUGUUUGAUACCUGAUUGGAGAAAGUCCGAAUUUAUUUUGUGCGUAAUAUAAUUUUUUAUUUUGUUUUUAAAAAAUCAGUAUAUUACGUUUUAAAGCACUAAUUUCCUUCGUACCACGUAAAAGUAUUAAUCAAGUGCCAUUUCUUUUAUAUUUAGUUCCUUAUGUUUCGCUCUUCGUGAAGCAUUUACAUUAAUUUCUUUAUAGGGCAAAAUGGAGAUUUGGAAAUGGAUUGCUGGUGGAGAGUCAGAGCAAAUAAAAAUCACCCUGUGGGCACAAUGGGGCAAUAUAUUUAUUGAGAUGUUAGAAACACUACGUCCAUACUCACUAAACAUCCGUGUGACCCUGUCUAUAAAAUCCAUCAUGUAUGAUGAUUAUGGGGCAGUUUCCUGGACAGGCCUUAGUUAUAUUAGGACAUUAAAGUAGUUUUUACAAAAAACAAUACUGGUGUGCAUCUUGAGACAAAAUGAUGGCACAGAUAUAUGUUAAGAAAUGUUGGUGCAAGAUGUCUUUAAAUUAAAGCAGCUCACACAUGCAUUUUUGUCUGGGCCUAGGAUAAGUCCUGUCCGGGAAACCACCCCUUUGUGUAGAAAACCGUCAAAAAGUAGUAGAAAGGUUUUUACAAGCAGGGUUUUAAUGGUUGACAUCAUGUAGUUUACACAUUUGGUUUUUAUUUAGUUUGACUCUGGUGGAUUUGGUUUGACUAUAUGGUCAAUCACAUCAUCCUUUACCACAAAGCAUUGCAGCAAUUGUUUUUGCAUUAAAGGUGCACUGUGUAGAUUUUAGCAGUACCUAGUGGUGAGAUUGCGAAUUGCAACUAACAGUUGAGUCUAUUGCUCACCCCUCCCUUUCGAAGCACAUAGAGAAGUUAUGAAAGCAGCCACAAGACAAACAUGUCGUCUGAGACAACCUAGUGACGAAACGCGCUGUGUAGAACAGUUUGUCCAUUUAGGGCUACUGUAGAAACAGCGGCGCCAAAUGGCGACAUCAAUGUAAGGGGACCCGUGGUGUAUUUAAAGGAACAUGCCCACAUUUUGGGAAUUUAGCUUAUUCACCGUAUCCCCCAGAGUUAGAUAAGUCCAUACAUACCUUUCUCAUCUCCGUGCGUGCUGUAACUUCGUCUGACGCAGCCCCCGCUAGCUUAGCUUAGCACAAAGACUGGAAGUGAAUGGCUUCAGCUAGCAUACUGCUUCCAAUAAGUGACAAAAUAACGCAAACAUUUUCCUAUUUAUGUGUUUUGAUUUGUAUAGUCACACCGUGUACAAAUAACAAGGUCAUAUGAGACACAGCCAUCUGUUAACAGUAUACAUACUGGGAACUAUAUUCUCAGAAGACAAAGCACUGCUACUUGGGCGGAGUGAUUUGCACAACUCUGACUGAACUCUCUUCUCCUCACAAGGGGGCUUCUCUGGUAUUGCAAGCAAAUCACUCGAAAAUCAAAUCAAAACAUAUAAAUAGGAAAAUGUUUGCAUUAUUUUGUCAAUUAUUGGGAGCAGUUUGCUAGCUGGAGCCAUUCACUUCCAGUCUUUGUGCUAAGCUAAGCUAGCGGGGGCUGCGUCAGACAGAGUUACAGCACGCACGGAGAUGAGAAAGGUAUGUAUGGACUUAUCUAACUCUGGGGGAUACGGUAAAUUACCAAAAUGUGGGCAUGUUCCUUUAAAUUCAAAAAACUAUCCAUUCAUUAUGUUAGGUCUUCAUACGCCACUGAAAACAUUGUUAUGUAAUACUAUAUUGCGUUUUUGUCAGUAGAUCCUCCUUAAAGUUGCACAUUGCACCUUUAAAUCUUCAUUUUUGCUGUACUGAUGACAAUUAUUGGUAACACUAAAUAUGCCAAUCCAUCCGAUCUAUCUAUAAUAGAAUGUCUAUCCAUAACACUUUUUGUAUUGUUUCUUAUACUUUAUAGAAACACCAAUUUAAUUUGUAAAUAUUUCUGAUUGGCCCCAUCCAUCCGAAAUGUCUACCGGUACUGUUGUUAUUUUAUUAUUGUAUUUUUUUGAUCUGUAAGGAUCUGUCACUUUUGGAUUAGAAGGCAAGAAACUGAGGAUCAAUUGUAUUUUACCAUUAGUUCUGCAAAUAAUAAAACAAUCAGCUAAAAUGCAAUCAGAUAUAGAGGAUUGAUUUUGUUUAAAUUGGGUUAUAUGUUUAAAUAUAAUGUAUUUUUGUUUGCCCGGUGACGCAAGACGUUUGUCCACCUUUAUUUGACUAAUCUACCAUAAUAUUAUAAUUUCUCUGGACUAUGGUACGCAAGUUUAAGUUUGUGUGCCUAUAACAGAUUCCUUUAUGUAAAUGUUGUGGCCUGUUUAGAGAUGUUUUUUUUUUCUCACACGCGAAACUCAAGCUUAACAUCUUUUCUUGCCUUAUAUACAGAGGUGUUAUUUUGAACAUAGGGUUAUGGCAGAGGUUUUCACAAGGGUUUUGGCACUUGAGGUUAUGCAAAUUUUUCAUAAUUGUUCUCUUUUUUCCCCCCUUUGUUUAUGCUGACAGCUUUACCUCUGUAAAUAUUUUUGUGUAAAAAUAGAAAGAAAAGUAUAUUUACUACACUGUAAAUACAAGUGACGAUGACAUUGUAUUAUUUUGCUUUUUGUAAAACAGUUAAUUGCUGGAUAUGUACAACUUAAAAUAUGAAUUAUUGUCGGUCCAUCAUGUUCACUACAAUAUGUUGUUUAACAUGGAGGAAAUCUUGGAGGCUACACUAAAGAUCUAAAAUAUGUGUCUUCAUGAUCCUCUUUAUAUAAUACAUUAUUGUUAUCAUCUGGUUUCAUAUAAUACGGAUGUAACACUAAUAAAAAACAUUUCUGUCCAUA